CUCAUUGGACAGCUCGGUCGUCUGUCGCUCUGUUCGGUCGUUGGCUUUGGUUUGCUUUAAGCUGUGGCUCAAAUUUUGGCUGGUGCCCUGUUUCAAGCCACAACUGUGCCUCGAAGUGUGCUCGAAGUUUCGCGUUGUCUGCUCAUACAUACAUAUGUGCGUAGUGCUAUCAAUUGCAAAUAAGUAUGUGCUAAAAUUUACCCACAAAAAAAAAACAGUAAAAUCAAUUUUUAAAAACAAAUUGAAGUCCACAAUAUGGCUUGCCUGUCAGACAUUGAUCUGGCCACACUGCAUCAGCAUCGCCUAGAGGAGCGCUUCAGCUACAAAUUGGCCUGGAGCGGAGCUGGCGCUGGUCUGCAACAGCAGCAACAACAACUCACACACUAUAAUGACCUGCUGGUGCGUCACAGCGCCUCCUUGCAGCGUCAGCGUCUAUCAAAGAGUGGGGGCUACUACAAAAGCGGCGCCAGGACUGGCAACAGCAGCAGUGGCAGCAGCAACAAGCACCAACAGCCUGAUAAUAUGCCAACUAGUCAGAGCCAACAGAACAGCAGCAACAACAACGAUCGAAACAAUUCGAUGGAUGAUGAGGACGAGCGUGACAAUUAUUAUAGGUCCAGACGCCGUUCCGGCACUUGGCCGCGCACGCGCAGCUUGAAUGCACCUUCGCCGUUUCAACAGUUCGGACCUUGUGGUCGCAUUAUGAAAAACUCCGCCAUGGUCAUGCAAAUACAGGAUCCCGCCAGUCAACGCCUGACCUGGUACAAGCCUCCACUUACUGUGCUGGUCAUCAAGAAGAAGGACUCGCAGGUGUUGCUGCCAUUUGUGCAGCUGGUCGAGUGGCUGGUGCAGGAGAAGCAUAUGGUGGUGUGGGUGGAAUCCGCGGUGCUGGAGGACAAGCUGUUGCGCGACGAUGUCAAGCUGGAGCAGGAGAGCGCCAAGUUCCGGGGGGUGCACGAAAAGUUCUGUGGCGUACGUGCGCGUUUUCUGGCGCUGCGUGAUAAGCUGGUGACCUUUAAAGAUGGACGCGAUGAUCUCACCGAUCGUAUUGACUUUAUUGUUUGUCUGGGUGGCGAUGGCACGUUGCUGUAUGCUUCGCAGCUGUUCCAGCAAUCGGUGCCGCCCGUAAUGGCCUUCUAUUUGGGCUCCCUUGGUUUCCUGACUCCAUUCCAGUGUGAUAAUUUCCAGGAGCAGGUGACCAAUGUGCUCGAAGGUCACGCCGCACUUACGUUGCGCAGUCGCCUGCGUUGUGUCAUCCAUCGCAAGGGUGAGCGUCGCAAGGAGUCGCUGCAGCAACAGCAAUCGGCACUUCAUAUCGGUCUACAAAAGUCCAACUUGCAUCGACAUAUGAACAAUGUGGAGUUCAACAGCAAUAACAACGGCAGUCCUCCGUCUUCCAAUAGCAUAUUGGUGUUGAACGAAGUGGUCAUCAAUCGCGGUCCAUCCCCUUAUCUGAGCAACAUCGACAUUUUCUUGGAUGGCAAAUACAUAACGUCGGUGCAGGGCGAUGGCUUGAUUGUGUCCACGCCCACCGGCAGCACGGCCUAUGCUGCCGCAGCAGGUGCAUCCAUUAUACAUCCCUCCGUGCCGGCCAUACUGGUGACGCCCAUAUGUCCGCAUUCCUUGAGCUUUCGACCGAUUGUCGUGCCUGCAGGUGUGGAGCUAAAGAUUUCAAUAUCUCCGGAUAGUCGCAACACUUCACGCGUCUCCUUCGACGGACGCAAUGACCAGGAGCUGCAUCACGGCGACAGUUUGCGUGUAACCACCUCCAUCUACCCAGUACCAAGCAUUUGCUCACAGGAUCAAAUUACCGAUUGGUUCGACUCCCUCGCCGAGGGCUUGCAUUGGAAUGUGCGCAAGCGCCAGAAGUGCCUGGAUGAGCUGUCCGACUUGACUGCCUCUGGUUCAGAGGACAAGCUCGACGAGUUCGACUAUCUGAAGAUAUACGACGAGUAGUCGCCCACACGCUCUCUGUCUCACUACAGACAUAUAGACAUAUACAUAUGUGUAUCUAAACAUCAGCUCUUUUUUGUUAGCGUGGCCAAUUAGGCUAAGUUUGGUAGUUUUAAAAAUUUGCGUCUGCGGCCGGGCGUUUCGAAAUGUUAGUCCGCCUACGCGCUGGUGUGCAAUUAAUAGCUGUAGUUGAUUUGUAGUCGCUUUAGCAAAAAUACUCUCCACUCUAUUGUAUAAAAUGUUAAUGUUAGUGCCUAAUCCCAUUGGUUGAGUUUCAUGUUUAUUGCAAUGUUUUUACAUCUAGACAAAUUUUACCUGUUGCUUCUGAAUCAAUUCGAUUAGAUUUAAGUAAGGUAUGUUUUUUAUAAUUAUGCCGAGUGCCGCGUACUUAAACUAAGAAAUUCGAUUGAAAGUGUGCGUGUGUGUAUUUUAUGAUGCAAAUAAAAUUGUAUUAUUUACUGGAGCGCCACAA